UACCGUAAUGACGUUCCAACCCGGAAGGAUUGCCCUCUUUCUGAUUAACGUUUGAAUAAACAAGAAUGACCAGUUUGUUUUUGGAAAAGAUUGCAAGCGACGUGUCAAAACAUAUAGUAUAUUUCAACUAAGUAAUAUCGAUGUCUUGUUUAGAGGGUUUAUGUGUGGAUAUUAUCGAAUGUGUGUAGCAACGCCCUAAUGUCAGCCACCUUGUUGGGGAAAAAGAGCCCCGUUGUGUUUACAAAUCGAUAAGCAUUAUUGUUACCCUGAAGUGUAAUAAUAGUGGUGGUUUUUGACGAAGAAAAUAUGGCCGAAUUGCAUGUUGUGGAGCAGAGUGUUACUGCCACAAUAGAACAAACCGAGCACCGUGAUGUCCGAGGCUCUGUUCGGCUGGCUGCUUCGCCCACUCUCAUGGUUUCACCACGGAGUAGCUUGCCCACCAGUCCUGGGGUGUCGAGUACUAGCAGAGCGGUGUUUGGGUUCCCAAUGAAGAGCAACCUCAGUUCCCCAUCGGAGCCAGCCGAGAAGCCAGAAUCCCGCUGGGUUUGCCUCAAUGUUGGUGGAACCUAUUUUGUUACAACCAAACAGACAUUGUGCAGGGACCCCAAAUCGUUCCUGUACCGAUUGUGUCAAGAAGAUCCAGAUUUGGACUCUGAUAAGGAUGAGACGGGUGCUUACCUAAUCGACAGGGACCCCACAUACUUUGGCCCCAUUCUGAAUUACCUGCGGCAUGGGAAACUGAUCAUGGACAAGAACCUGGCAGAGGAAGGUGUCCUUGAGGAGGCGGAGUUCUACAAUAUUGCAUCACUAGUAAGGCUGGUCAAGGAGAGGAUACGGGACAACGAGAACAGGACAUCUCAGGGCCCAGUGAAGCAUGUGUAUCGGGUGCUGCAGUGCCAGGAGGAGGAGCUCACCCAAAUGGUGUCCACAAUGUCAGACGGCUGGAAGUUUGAGCAGCUCAUAAGCAUCGGCUCGUCCUAUAACUAUGGCAACGAGGACCAGGCUGAAUUCCUAUGUGUGGUUUCCCGGGAGCUCAACAACUCCACUAACGGCAUUGUUAUCGAGCCCACUGAGAAGGCCAAGAUCCUCCAGGAGCGAGGUUCACGGAUGUAAAGAGACUCCCAGGCCUGAGCUCACCCUUCUCAGCUCAUGUGACAUUUCCUGAAGUCUCCUGCACCACCUCAGCCAUGGUUCAUAUCUUCACCCCUUCCAUCACCAACCCCACGCCCCCCUUCACCUCCCCCUCCUCUGGGUGUGCCUUUCCACUUCCCAUCCUCCUCGCCUACAGUGCUACAACAUAACACCAUCGCCAUUUCUUAUUCUCAGUUAUAUUCGUGAACAUUUGAGGGAUUCUGAAAAGAUGACAAAAGAGUAUUUAUUAUUAAAUGUAAUACCUUUUGUCAUAAGUUGGAUUUUGAAGAUUCUGGUUUUGCCCCUGAUCACAGCCCCCAUCUUGUCCAUAGUACAUCCACACAGAGCUAAAUCAUUGUCACUGUCCUCAUUCAGGGGAUCACACAGUUAAUGGGGAGCCGUUUCCUUUUCUGUCUCGCUUUGUCGACUCGGUGGAAAUCUGUGAUCAUCUCCUCAGGACUUUCAAAGGACAAAAAAAGAAAGGCCGAAAAAUCUACUGACUGUGACCUGCCCCUUCUACAACCCUGAAGAUUCACCUAUGGGGUGAGAGGAUGCUGUAAGCAACAUAGCCCACCCUCUGACCUCCACUCCUAGUCCUUACAUCUCCACAGCUGGAGCACUAAGGCAGUUCAUAGUUGCUUGGGAGGCUGAAAGCCGAGAAGUGGGGCUAAGGACAGAGAAGUCACAGGAAUAUUCUACAGCCCUCAAAUUCAAAUCUGGACCUCAAAGCCAGUUCUACUGCUUUUUUUUGUUAUUCUUCCCCUCUAAUCAUGGACUGAUUUUUAACCUGGGACACCAGGUGGGUGCAAUUAAUAAUCAGGUAGAACAGAAAGCCAGCGGUAGUCCGGACCUCAUUGGGUAAAAUUUGAACACCCCUGUUCUACAGCAUCUCUCUUUUGGUCUUCUUGUGCAGUCAGUCCUGCUCUCACAGCAACUCUUGCCCAAUAAGACCAGACGAUAGUGGGGAGAUACAGACCCUUGUCUAACAGAGGCUCCACCCCACCAUAGUUCAUCAGUGACUUCCACUGCUGAGCAUCCAUCACACACAUUUUAUUUUUGGCUCGGGUCAAAUUCCUUUGUCACCUGGAGGGCACACAUUUUCUUACAGCCGUACUAAGGAUGUUUCAGUGCAAAAGAAAACACACAACUUAAAAGACUAAACCACACACACAUGUACACAAUUGUCAGGCAUGUGAGGAAUAUAAAUCUAUAUAUAAUGAAAUUAUAUGGAGAAAAAAAAUGAAUGCAAAUGAUGUAGUUAUUAAUUUCUGUUUCAUAGUUGUUAUAUUUGUGUAGUAUGGUGAGUUCUAUUCCGUUGAGCGAGGAAAUAUCACUCCUCUAAACCAAUUUUCCUGAGUUGUUUCCCCCAAUGACAAAGGUGUACGUUUGUGUAUGUAGUGCCUCUGCUAUUCAUUCAUGAUUGAAAUUAUGAUCAGCGACCCAGUUUUUCAGCGUCACAAUUUCUAAGUAGAUUUUUUUUUGUUACUUAUAACCCUUUCAAAUGAUCCUUCUCGCAGAUAUACUAUUAUGUUCUCUUGCAUAUCUUAGAAUUGUAAUCGGAGAUUAAAGAGACGGGUUAUUGAAAAAGCUUUUAUUUGACAUCGAAAGAUGGUAUGUGUCCUACACAGUGGUCUUGUGACCCUGUUGGACUUGUAUCCAUCUGUAUGAUGCCUCAAAGCCUAGAGCCCCUUUUCCCUCUGGCGUUGUUUCAUUUUCAUGCCAAUUGUCACUCACUCUGCAUUUGCCUCGUAAACACCUUGGUGUACAUUCAGUUUAACAGCUUUGCUUUACAUUUUGCAGUAUUUACUGUAUUAAUUCUAGAGUAUGCUGAAAUGAAUGUUUUAAAUACAUACGUUUGGAUCUUUUUAUAGAGUAGAUGUAACCACAGGAACAUUGGGUAUUGAAAAUUCCGCAUGGAUGUGACUUCAGCUUUUGACUUGUUACGUUGGGGGAAAAUAAGGAAAUUAUACUUUGUUUCUCAGUGUCACAUCUCUCUGUGCCAACCAACAGUGAUGGUUACGAGCUUGUCUGGAGUAUACCUCUUAUUAUUCACAUAUCAUUGUCCCAGGAGUAAAUCCUGGCAUUACCCCAUUUGUAAUACUUCUGAAAUGUUCAAUUUAUUCUGUCAAUCUGACUGUGUACUUAAAAGAAGUACCCCACAGGUAACCAAUAUCACAUCAUUUUUGUUUUACUGGCGUCACAAAAUCUAUACACCUUUUCCUGUGUAUAAUGAAUAUUUGGUGCAAUUAUGUUAUAUCAGCAUGAUUUAAGAAUGCGUUCGGCUUAAAUCACACACAUAAUUACCUGUGCUGUUGUCCUCUUGGAGUGGAUGUUGUGCAAUUCUACUACGAAACUGGGACAAAAGUGCAGUAGUGCACAGACUGUGCUGCUAGAAGAAUGCCUGACUGACUGUCUGAUAGAGAGACACUUUCUCCUCUUUGGGCCUUUUUCAAAGCUCCCAGAGGUUGUUCUAUUUCCCUUUGUCGUGUCCAGUGUUGUGCCUUUGACCUGUGUUGUGCACAGUCCGUCGUCCCCCCCCCCGCGCCCUGGAAUAGACCUUUACGAGUCUAUUCUGUCGUCCAGACUAGGGCCUGUUUGUUCAUCUGUAAUGCAGAUUAUCAGACUUAACUCCUUUUCUUUUAAUGCCAAUACUUUUGAACCAAGCCUCCCGUAUUGACCCCUGUAGCUCCUGAACCUUUGCCUGUGUUGGUCGCUGCAUUCUUCCGGUUUUCUUUCCUGAAAUGUGUGUAGACUGUAGGUGUGGUUGACUUUGUAAGUUUAUCCCACAACCGAGGUAGAGAAAAGGAGACAGUAGUUGUAAUCCAAGCAGUGCCCCAGUAUAUCUUAGUAAAAACCAGCAGUGCACUUUUCUUUUGGAAAAAUGGCAAGACUGCAUAAGCCACGUUUAUUUGGCUUUCUCUCUUGAAUUGCAUGUUUAAGGCAAUUUAUGCUGUUUAUUUUGAUGCCAUGAUAACUAUACUGCCAGUUGUUUUACUGUAUUGUUUGCAUUCACUUUUGAAGCACUUAUUUUUACGUUCAGUGAACCCAAAUGUCUCCUUUUGACAUUUAUUUGUUUUGUUUAUACUGCAGAUUGAUUCAUCCGAUUUUGAAAGGAACUUUUUAUUCGGAUAAAAACGAUCAUUGCAAAAAAAUAGUGUUCCCCCAUCACUGCCCUAUUCAAAUAUUUGUGCAAUUUUAACAAAUCUGCAAAAAAAAUACUCGUAAAAACAUGAGAGCAUGCAUUGUACUAGAGAUUAUGUUAUGUACUGGAAUUUGUCUGACCUCUGUGUUAGUGCAACGUGUAUUUGGUGCAUGGUUGGAGAGCAGAGGGAAGGCAUGGCUCUGUGUUAGGUGUAGAUUUAUUGUGUGGAACAGUGGGUCUCUCUAAUCAUGCUUUGUUUUUAUGUUGUUUUUGUAUCCUGUCAUGUCAAUUUAAAAGUAGGCCUAGCUAAAAAAAAGAACUAGCUUAAAGUUAACCUCAAAUGAACAUACACUCUUUGUCUAAUGAAAACUGAACAAAACUGCAUACCCCAACCUUGGAUUUAGUAUCAACUCAAACUAAAACUCCACAUGCAAAAUGAAAAGGAUCAUUUGAAUCCUGGCUCAUUCUGCCAUAGUUAAUCUGUAACACCUGCAUGUAUUUAUAAACAUACACACAUACACAUUUAGACUUACUGAAAAUGUAAACUAUUAACAGUUAUUUUAAGUGUAUUAAUUUAUCAACAGUAUUAAUGUCAAAUGUGACUAUUGUCAAUGGAGACUGUGGAGAAUGAAACAACUUUGUCUGAUGUCCUUUUGCUUUUAUUCAUUUUAUAUUUUGGAAUUUUGUCUACCAAUGCAGUUUCUUUAAAUGUAACAUUUUUAACAAAAUCCAGUCUGGUUUUUAAUCAUAAAAUGUGUCUCUGUGUUUUAAAA